CUUAUCAUGCACACUUCACAAGUUAUUAAAAAAAACGUGUGUAUUCCCAAGAAUGGUGCAUUUUUUUCAGACUGAAAACUUUCAGAGGAUAAGAGCUGCGGCCAAUGGCAUAUAUAAAUAUGAAAUUCAAAUGAAAUAAAGGAAAGAUUACCUGAGUGAGUGAGUGAGUGAGUUCUCAAAGACAUGGCCAGCUUCCAAGCAGUAGUUUCCAUGGCUGCUGCCAUCAUCAUCAUCAUCAUCGCCAUGGACGCCUGCAUUGGCCAAUCCUUGCCCAGCUUCUCUGCAAUCAUUAUAUUCGGAGACUCAACGGUCGACACUGGGAAUAACAAUUACAUCCCAACAGCAUUCAAGGGAAACCACCCACCUUACGGGCAGCGGUUUCCCGGGAAGAUCCCGACAGGGAGGUUUUCGGACGGGAUGCUCGUCCCUGAUCUCCUGGCAUCUGCCCUGGGAAUCAAGGACAGCGUUCCUCCAUUCCUGCAGCCGUACCUGCCCAAAGAAGAACUCCUGACCGGGGUCAGUUUUGCCUCGGCGGGGUCAGGGUUGGACGAGUUAACGACCAUUGCGUCUAGAGUGAUCCCGAUGUCGCAGCAGGUGACCAUGUUCCAGAAGUACAUAGAGAUGGUGAAGGGAAUUGCAGGAGAGGAAGAGGCAGAGAGGAUAAUUAACCAUGCUUUCGUCGUCAUCAGUGCAGCACCCAAUGACUUCAUCUUCAAUUACUAUGACAUUCCUACAAGAAGGCAGCAGUUUAGCAUUGGUGGCUAUCAAGAUUUUCUUCAGUUGAAGCUCCGAAGGUUUAUUGAGGGAAUUUAUAAGCUAGGAUGCCGUACCAUCUUGGUCACCGGGCUUCCUCCAAUGGGAUGUUUACCUAUACAAAUGACUGCUCGCUCUCUGCUAUUGAGGACGUGUCUUGAAGAGGAAAAUUUAGAUGCACAGAUUUAUAACGCCAAGCUUGUGCGUUUGCUGCCUCGCAUACAGGAGUCCCUUCCGGGGAGCACAAUUUUGUAUUCAGAUGCAUACAAUCCUAUGAUGGAGUUGAUCAACAAUCCACAAAGACACGGAUUUGUCGAGACAGGGCAAGGAUGCUGUGGCACUGGAUUGUUGGAAGCGGGACCACUGUGUAUCAUGCGCCGUCCAACGUGCACAAAUUCGUCAGAGUACCUAUUCUGGGACAGCAUUCAUCCCAGUGAAGCAACAUACCGCUAUAUUACAGAAUCCCUUCUGAAGGGUCUAUGGCACUCAUAACUUAUCAUCACAUGUGAAUGGAUUAUUUGAAUGAGCUUGAGACUGAAGAAUUCCAGGAGGGAAAUUUCAAAGGAUUAGCUAGGUUCAAAACCAUAACUUAACCUGGAGUAGCAAAUUUGCAGUGAAUACCAGAGCUUCUAUUUCCCAUGAAUUAAGUGUUUCUGCAUUC